AUGUACCUCACACGGUUUACGUGCGCCUUGUUGGUGCUAACCACCUCUGUAACUGUAAGGGGUGCAUCUUUAUCGGCGGGUACACGGUACCAGGCGCCCGAUGAGUGCGGGUGGAUGACGGAUUACGAUGGUUCAGGAGUUGCGUUACAGUGUAGGUUAAGAACUAUAAACAGCGAAUUGGAGAACACAAACUUCAGUGCAAUUCAACCACAUCCUACAGUCAGGCUGCGUCUCGAAUGCAGCGAUGCGUUGUUCUUUCAAAGUAGCCUUGCUCCAGGUAGUUUCCGCCAGUUGAUUGAACUGCGUGAGCUUACCAUUGAAUAUUGCAAGAUUGGAAACCUUUCCGAUAGCGCAUUCACAGGACUACGGGAAUUAAGAAAUCUGACAAUACGAACACACAAUACAGACUGGUCUACAAUGUCACUUGAAAUAACCCCAAGCGCUUUUUCUAGAGACGUACAAAACUUGGAACGAUUGGAUUUGAGUGAGAAUAACAUGUUAGUAUUCCCAGAAGGUGCUUUGUGUACAUUACGGAAUUUGGAAUACUUGAAUAUGACUGGUAAUAGAAUGAGAGACAUCAGUCACUUUCAAUUCUCUUCGGCACAUCGACAUCCGACGGAGAAAUGUGGGGAUAACUUACUUGUUCUAGAUCUAUCCCGAAAUGUUAUCGACACUCUACCUCCUAAUCUUCUAUCAGGAUUACGAAGACUACAAAAAUUAUAUUUUCAAGGCAAUGGAUUGAAUUCAAUUGCAGACAGAGCUUUAGAGGGUCUCAUCUCAUUGACCACGAUAAGAUUCUCGGACAAUCAACUCACAAGUUUGCCUCCAGAACUAUUCAGUGACACGAAAGAAUUAAAAGAAAUAUACUUAAACAAUAAUACUAUCACAGUAUUAGCGCCUGGAUUAUUUAGCGAUUUAACACAACUUUUAGUACUAGAUUUGUCUUACAACGAACUAACUUCAGACUGGAUUAAUACUUCCACUUUUUCUGGGCUUAAAAGGCUGGUCUACUUGGAUUUCUCCCACAAUAGAGUAUCCAAAAUGGAAAUAGCACUAUUCAGAGAUUUACAUAACUUGCAAACAUUAAAAAUGCAAGAUAAUUUUAUUGAACACAUUCCAGAAAAUGUAUUCAGCUCGCUAAGCAAUCUGGACACAUUAACAUUAUCAAACAAUAGACUUACCAAUAUAGAAAGCUAUGCUUUUAUGGGCUUGCGAGUGCUAUCUGUUUUGUCUAUAGACAGUAAUCGCAUAUCCAAAAUACACCCACAUGCUUUACGGAACUGCACUUCAUUACAAGACUUGCACAUCAACGGAAAUCGACUCGAUGAAGUGCCACUAGCAUUGAAAGAAAUACCGCAAUUGAAAACCCUUGAUUUAGGAGAAAAUCUUAUCGUCAGCAUAGAAAAUGCAUCUUUCAUGACAAUGGAACAAAUGUACGGGUUACGACUAACUGAAAAUAAUAUCGGCAACAUCAGUAAAGGCGUUUUUGACAAAAUGACUUCACUUAAAAUUUUAAAUUUAUCCAGAAAUAAAAUCCACAAGAUCGAAGCCGGUGCAUUUGAUGCUAACGUGAAUUUGCAAGCGAUAAGACUAGAUGGAAACUACUUGACAGACAUCGGCGGACUUUUCGCUAAAUUGCCUAAUUUAGUGUGGUUGAACAUUUCUGAUAACCGACUGGAAUGGUUCGACUAUGCAAUGAUCCCAACUGGAUUGCAGUGGCUGGAUAUUCACGCUAACAGGAUCGCUGAACUUGGAAAUUACUUUGAGAUUGAAUCGCAACUAUCGCUCAGUACUUUCGACGCCAGUUCUAAUAAGUUAACAGAAAUAACUGGAAGUGCAAUACCAAAUUCCGUAGAAAUGUUAUAUUUAAAUGAUAAUCUAAUCUCAAAAGUGCAAUCGUACACGUUCUUUAAAAAACCAAACUUAACAAGAGUCGAUUUGUAUGGGAAUAGAAUAACUAGUUUGGACCCAAAUUCAUUGAGAAUAUCUGCCGUGCCACAGGAUAAAACGGUGCCAGAAUUUUUCAUAGGCGGUAACCCACUGGAGUGUGAUUGCACAAUGGAUUGGCUUCAAAAAAUAAACACUGGAAACAGAGCUAGAACACAGCCAAAGUUGAUGGAUUUAGACAGCAUCAACUGCAAACUGUUGUACAGUCGCGGGAAUGCACAAGUGGCUUUGAUUGAAGCUGCACCACACCAGUUUCUGUGUAAAUAUGAAUCACAUUGUCACGCACUAUGUCACUGCUGUGAUUUCGACGCCUGUGACUGUGAAAUGACUUGUCCUAAUAACUGCACCUGUUACCAUGACCCGUCUUGGUCAGCAAAUGUUGUUGAUUGUGCAAACUCUGCUUAUGUAAAUAUGCUGCCGGAGAAAAUACCAAUGGAAGCUACAGAACUGUACCUCGAUGGUAACGAUAUCAAAGUAUUACCGAGCCACGCAUUUAUAGGCCGUAAAAAAUUGAAGAUUUUAUUUUUAAAUGCAUCAAAUAUUGAAACGGUUCACAAUCGAACAUUCAAUGGGUUAAAAGAAUUGGAAAUAUUACAUUUGGAUUUUAACAGCAUCUCAAAUCUCGAGGGUCAGGAGUUUGAUGGACUCGACAACUUACGAGAAUUGUACAUCAAUAACAAUAAAAUUAAACGCAUUGGCAAAGAAAUGUUUAAUCAUAUGGCACGCUUGAAAGUGUUACAUCUGCAUCAUAAUAGACUCGUAACGUUGACAGUGUGGCAAAUCAAUCCUGCGAUAACCGAAAUUACACUUUCGUUUAAUCCAUGGUCAUGUGAUUGUGAGUACACCGAAAUGUUCCGUGAGUGGACAAAAAGAGUGAGCUCAAUAACAGAUCUGUCAGAUAUUAAAUGCAUCUACUCGAAAGGGAACUCUACUGAACUGACAGUUUAUAAUGAAAGCGUGUAUAGCGAGCCGGACAGCGGAUUUAAAAUUACUAGUGAAAACGGGACGUUGUGUACUGGAUUGCCAAGUAUCAAUAACAGCAUCAAUGGUAAUUUAACUGCCACUCGAACAAUAAUCACUAACGAAGAAGUACAAGACUACAUACCACUGUUAGUUGCCACUCUCGGAUGCUUUUUACUUGUAUCCUUAGUGAGUAUGAUUAUUUUCAUAUUUAGGCAAGAAAUGAGAGUGUGGUUCCAUUCGAAAUUUGGCGUACGAUUGUUUUAUAGAGCUACCGACAGAGAAGACUCAGAGAAGAUGUACGAUGCAUUCUUGUGCUACAGUUCCAAAGACGAAGUUUGGGUGACUGAAGAACUUGCAUCCAUGUUGGAGCGUGGUGACCCUUCAUACAAACUUUGCUUGUAUUACCGCGAUUUAUCCGCCCACGUGACAGAGAAGAUAAGACAAGCGGUUGAAUCUUCGCGUCGCACAAUCAUGGUGCUCAGUGAAAACUUUCUAAGAUGUGAGUGGGUGCGUUAUGAACUAAAAUCGGCUCUCCACCAGGUACUGAGGGACCGGCGAAAAAGACUGAUUGUAGUGUUAUUAGGGCAAGUGCCUCAAAAGGAUUUAGAUCCUGACAUAAGACUGUAUUUGAAAACGAAUAAGUGUCUCCACGCGGACGAUCGACUGUUCUGGGAAAAACUAAAAUUUGCGUUGCCCGAUGUGCGCAAUAAUCCGAGGUGCCGCGGUGUGCCGAGCCCCGUGGUUAGCGGCGGCUUGCCCAUGCACCGACACCACCACGCCAGGAACCACUUGGGCAUGCUGCCGCAACCACCGGUGCACGGCGCACACCCUGUGCUCCCACCACACCCUUCUCAUACUUCUCACCAAGUGCCACCUCGUGCGUCUCCUCGCACUAUGUCCGUCCAUGUGUAA